AAAAACAGAUAUAUAGCAGCAUUCAAAAGAAAACUGAAAUUAAUGGAGGCCUCUACGUCAGGAAAAGAAGGGACAGCAGAGAUUGUGUUCUUCGACUUGGAAACAACCGUACCCAAUAGAGCUGGAAAACGGUUCUGGGUGUUGGAGUUUGGUGCAAUUGUGGUUUGCCCGAAGAAACUCGUUGAACGAGAGAGCUACAGCACGCUCGUAAGACCCAAGGAUUUGUCUGUGGUGUCGUUGAGAUCCGGACGAUGUGAUGGGAUAACUAGGGAAGUUGUUGCAAAUGCGCCGGUUUUUGAAGAUGUUGCUGACAAAAUAUUCAGUAUUCUGAAUGGUAGGGUGUGGGCAGGCCACAACAUCCAAAGAUUCGACUGUAUUCGCAUUAAGGAAGCCUUUUCUGACAUUGGUAGGCCUGCUCCAGAACCGGUUGGGAUGAUUGAUUCUUUAGGGGUCUUGACGGAGAAGUUCGGCAGAAGAGCUGGAAAUAUGAAGAUGGCAACAUUGGCUUCUUACUUUGGGCUCGGGCAGCAAAAGCACAGGAGCCUCGACGAUGUUCGCAUGAACUUGGAGGUCCUCAAGCAUUGUGCAACGGUGCUAUUCUUGGAAUCAAGUCUCCCAAGCGUAUUGCUUGGCAAGUGGCAGGGCUCUCCCACGGUUAUAACGAGAAGUAGAGCAAAUGGAAAAUUGCCAUGCAGAGAAGAAACUAGCAGAAAAUCUCCCCCAACCUCUGCUGGAUAUCAGAGAGCAGUUCCCUAUACAAGGGGAAGUCUGGGAAAGAUGACAGAAGGGGUGAAAAAUUUAUUGUGUAAAGCCCAAGGAAAGCAAUUACCUCGUAACAGCCUAGUACUGAAGCAUUCUCAUAUGCUACGACUACGUUGAGACAGAGCAAGGCGGUUCCCAAUUUCACAUCUGCAUGUAUGUCCAUCCUUGCUUGUGCCUUAUUCGACAUAAACAGACUACGUACAUGCAGAAAGUACUGCCAGCGUUGGAAAAGAAAAUUAAGUUAAUGUUGAAGCUGAUCAUCAUCAUAUCCUUCGUUCGAUUGAAAUGGAGAUCAUUCUACACGUUUCAUCGAUGCUCGAAGGAGAAUGAAAAGCAUGUCGAAGCGUGCGCCUCCCUCAUGUUGGGAUGCAGUACCUGAGGAUGCUAAAUCCAUCAAAAAGAUGCACUACAAAAAACACCAUAAUUAAUUGACUUGUUCAUCCAUAAAUUAAUAUUUGAUUAACAUACAUUAGGGAAAAAAAAAAAAAACCAUAGUUCUUAAGCUGAUCUGAUCUGGAAGUACCCUAGUUUUUGUAUAUAUUAUUAGAAUACUUUUUCUUUGAAUGAAAUGCAUAUUGAUUGUAAAUCUUGAU